UGUUCAGUUUGAAAUUUCGUAUUACUUGCCUGUUUUUAAUAACAUUGUUUGUGUGUUUUCUGUGAUAUUCAUUGUACACAUGCUUGUAAAUAAAUAUUACAAUUGAUUUAAGAUUGUAAAAUCUUGUUUUUUGAAAGGGAAUUAUGAAAAUGGCGACAUUGGCAAUUUCAAGACAUUCACACAAAAAUGAAAAAUUAACAGCAUUGUGUAAUAGCCAUAGUGAGUUGUGCUGCUCCAGAUCUGUUGAGCUUAAUCACAGAUCCUGAUUUAUACUGAAGGAUUAGCUGCUUUUUGAAUUCUCGUCUGCAUGUAUUUCAUAAAGGACUGAAAAGCAUUCCUACAUUAUUAAAAGAAGUGAACUGUGAACUAUCUUAUUUAUGAUGUCUUGUUUAUUGGGAUACAACACAGCCGUAAUCAUCCGGGUUACAGAAUUAUAGACUAUUUUAACAGAAUUAUACUUUAACUACAUGUACUUUAACAUGUAAAACUUCAUACACUAGAGUAUCAAAUUGGCGGCAGGUUCAUUGUCAAAUGUUGUGAAACGUUGGCCUAUGGUUGAAAAGUUUUAUCGCACAUCUUGUGUUUGAAUUUAUCUGUGUUUCAGUGUUAAUUUUAACUUCUAAGGUUGAUAAACUUUUGGAACUAGCUUUAUUUCUUUCAUAUUUCACAAGAAAUAUACUUGAACAAUUUGAACAAAAAGGUUUUAACAUUAUAAACAGUAACAAAAUGGCGACAGGUUCAUUGUCUUCGGUUCCAAAACGUUUGCGUAUGGUUGAAGACUUUUCUUGCACACGUUGCUUAGAGCAGAAUCUUACGGAAUCUGCAGACAUUUAUUGUGAAAAAUGUUUAGGGUUUUAUUGUAAAAAAUGUGUUAUCCUGCAUAGUCAGUUUUUUACAAUACAUAUGACAUGUGGAAGGGAGGAUAUUAAGAAAUGGCCAGUUUCUAAGGCGGUAGAAGAUUUUCUCAGGAAGUGUGAGGUGCAUGAGGAUGAAACACUGACAAAGUUUUGCCAUUUCCACAGUCAGCUGUGCUGCUCUUCAUGUGUUGGAACAAUUCACAGCAAGUGCAGUAAAAUGACCCCGAUUUCGGAGCUGACCAACACGCAGCCCACAGACCUACAGGGACUGUCAGUGGAGCUGGAAACUGUCAUGGGGGGAAUCAAAAGCCUACAGAUAAAUCAGGAGGCCAGUGUUCAGUCAUUGCAGAGAACAUACAAGGAACAUGGGGCAGUCAUGAUAGAACAAUUGCAUGGCAAUUUAAGUACUAAUAUAGAUAAGUGUUUUAAUAGUUCUGUGGGUACAUCGGGCAAUAAUUUAAAAGAAGAAAUGUGUUGGAGUGUUCUUUCUAUUUUGAAUGAAUUUGAUAAUAUUACUGUGAAGGAACUAAAUGAUAUAAAAGAGGAAGUUAUAAGCAUAAAAGGGUCAGUUACAAGUUCUAUUUAUAAAUGCACCAGUCUUCACAAUGACUUGUCACAAUUCCAUGAAAUUGUUCAGAAAAUUGGAGAUAAUAAGGAGCUCUGCCUUAUAGCCAGCAUAAAAUGUAAGCAUAUAAUACAGCAGGCACUGACUCUGCUGGGGAAGUCAGGCAAGGUGUUUAAUGUCCAGAGUAUUACUAAGCAUAAUGUGAGAAUACCAAGUGAUCAAGGUGUAUGUUAUAUCAGAGGCAUAUGUGUUCUUCACGAUGGGCAGGUACUGGUUGUAGACUGGACUAAUAAGAAUGUCAAGCUGCUGAACCAGCAAUACCAGGUGGUGAGUCACUGGGAUGUGAAUGCUCGGCCAUUGGACAUUUGUUUGAUCACACCCAGUGAGGUUGUAGUGGCUGUGAAUACUAGUAACAUACAUGAGGUCCAGUUUAUCACUGUCAACCAGGGAAAGCUUGUUUCUGGCAGGAAGUUUCAGUUACAACAUGAAUGUACAUUUAUUACCCAUCACCAAGGAGACCUUUUUGUCACCUCUGGUCAAGAACUGUACAAAUACUCACUGAAUGGCAAACUGAUCUGCAGACUCUACCAAGAUAGAUCAGCUGAUUUGACAGUAGACAAGUGUGCUGUGAGUCCCACAGGAGACAGGCUGUACAUCAUCAACUACAGGCAGCACAAGCUUCUCACCCUGGCCAGGGAUGGCACACUCCUGGCUACAUUCACAGACCCAGCACUACAUGGCCUAACUGGUCUACAUGUGACCCCUGCAGGCCAGGUGCUGGUCUGUGGAGGCUUGUCCCACACUGUACUACAGGUGGGCUGGGAGGGAGAGAGUAAGCUGGCUACGCUGGCUACUCAGGAGGAUGGAGUGUGGGGCCCACGGUCUGUCUGCUACAGCAGCACCACAUCAUCCAUCAUUGUGGGACAGUGGGACGACAACAUCCUGGUGUUCAGAGUGGAAUAGUGUUUACAUUGGCUGCUGAGUCGGGACAAGGAUGCUGAGGAUGUGGUGGACAAGGAUGACCUGAAUACACAGAAGGAGAGCCCCGGUUUUGAUAUAGAGUUGGUACGGCAACAGCACCAGUCGGGCCCGCACAAGCCUCAAGUCAAGCACGACCCCUCCCCUGACCCCUAGCUUCUCCCAUUUGACUUCCAGCUUCAAAGGGUCAGCAUCGUUGAACAAAUUCCUCCUAUAAAAAAUUUUGAGCACAAAGAGUUUUCACACAUGGUUCUCAUCAACCACAAUUUUCGUGUCGAGUGAUCCGCACUUGAGCCUGUUUGGUUUGUUAGACCCGAGUGCCAGAGAUGGGACAACCGUUACAGACACAAGGACUUAUUGCAGCAGUUAUGGCAACAUGUACAGUCGGUUCUCAAUGUUGGACUUCACAACUAAUAUCACGAUAAAUACAAAGUUGGAUAACUCGUUCCAUUCUUUUUGGGACAAACAAUACAACGGAAAGUAACAAGAGAAAAUCAAGGAAUAUUUGUAGAGUUUUAGUCGGAAGUGUAUGCUUACCACUGGGAUACUCCUGGACAGUCGUAACUUUACGGACAGUCCCGAUUUGUCCUCACAGGUGUCCAAACUGUCCAAAGAGAACGCACUUUUGACGCAGUUGCUAACUUAGAAAGGCAGCACCUACUUUGUUGUGAACACUCAGAGCAUCCAUGGCCAUGCCUCAGGCGGGAAGUUCGACCAACAGCUGAAACAAGAUGCUAAAGGUGAACCCAUCAGGGUUUGUAACUUCCCACUCCAAUCCUUAACAGCCUGGCAUUGAGUCGGCGCUUGAGAAGGCGUUGAAAAAUGACAGCAGUUUUGUUUUGUGGUCCAGUAUGCCCUUUGGCUCUCAACCUGAUGUUAGGUAGAACUCAAACUGGGCCCUUAGCAAUAUCAGCGAGGCUAGAAUGUCAUCUCUGCAUCUUGAGCUUCAGAAAACAUUAUAAGCAAACAAGACAAACAUCAUGAAUGUUUAGGCAAUCCCAAUCCACUUAUACUACAACUCGCUCAGGAAAUUCAGCACGCCACCUUUUAACAUCUUCUCACAAGGCCCUAAAUCAACACUUCCAACAGCCGAGCCUUGGUGAGUUAAACUUUCAUCAUGACGAGUCACUCGAGAUGAAACAAUCUGAUCCACAGAUAGAGCAGACGCUGAGUGACUCGUCUGUUAACGUGACUGACCUUUAUAUGUUUCUCUCUAAUAAUGUGAACCUGGCGCCUGAGGAGCAGUGCUGUCCUACAUUCCCUGUUCUGGGUGGAGACUUUGGCGUCAAGACUCACACAAUCUCUGGCCCUGUCGCAGCAGCAACAAAAACAGGAAGUAUUUCAGCUGCACUCUGGGAAAACAGGGCUUAAUGCAUGUGCCUAAAGUGUUUUACCCAGAAAAGUGUGUAAAGUCUGCCCAAGCUAAUUUGUGACCACACUUUCCGAAAUAUACCUUAAAUCAAAGAAUUCCAUAAAAGCUGAAAGUGUCGUGGCUGAUAAUUUUGUGCAGACUGUACAGGCAAAUCUGGAACAACUCUUUGCGCUUAUGCAUUUAGCCCAGUUUUUAAAGAGUUUAGAGUUGCACAUUUAGUUCACGUUACAUCAGCUUUUUUCUGACCUUUCUGUAGAAAAGUUCCUAUUACUGAUCAGAAAUUUUGUGUUUUUAAAUUGGUCAAACUAACUAAAUAAAUACAUAUAAGAGUUGAUUUGACAUCAGUUUUAAUCAUAAAGGGUCAGGGCAUAUUUUCAUACAUUUUUGUGCAAAAAUUAAGCCUCUAAACCAAAAGGUUUUUGUUUUGUUUUCCACAUGUAUAUUUACAAAAUUCCCCUUGCAUAAAUUAAAGAAAAUGCUGGUUAUUUUAAAUUAAACAAUUAUUGAAAUGCAGUCAACAUUCUAUGAAAUAAUUAUCUGCAUUUAUUUUUAAAUAAGGAUAUCUAUAAAUUAAAAUUAACCACCUGUCCAUGUUUUAAGUAUACAAAUACGCGCUGGAGUAAGAAUAUGCCAGGUUUUUUUUGGGGUUGUGGGGGAAGGGGCCUUUAGCCCUUAUGUUGGGGAAAUUCUACGCGGGAUUUUCCACUUUGGGGAAAAAAUGUGCGCGUGGGAAUUUUCGCGGCAUUUCCCUUUUUGGGGGAUUUGUUUACUUACUUUCUCAUUAUUACAAUACAUGUGUACAUGUUUGAACUAUAUUCAUUGUUUUUUUCAUAAUUUAUUACGUUUGGCAUGAUUAAAUUAAUAUAGAAUUGAGAUAA